AAUCGGACGGCUGUAGUUUCAUCGAAUCCGUAAAAAAGGUCAAAAUUCCUUCGGAGGAUAGCCAGUUCUUCCCCCUUUCAGCCUCCCAUAUCUUUCUCUCUCUCUUCUCGUCGGGCAAAUGCAUCUGACAAACUGUGUGAUCCCUUCCUACUGAACCUCCAAAUUCAUCCAUGGCGAAACAACAUCAACCGUUGAUUCGUCUCUGAUUCGUUCUCCUCACUCGAUCCGUCUCCAGUUUCUUAGAUCUGAAAAGCUUUUUUAUUUACUAUUUAUGGAAAUGGCUGCAAUUUCUUCAAGCCCCCGCACCGUUGAGGAGAUCUUCAAGGAUUACAGCGCUCGUCGCUCCGGCAUCGUCCGAGCUCUCACUUACGACGUCGAUGAAUUUUACGCAACCUGCGAUCCAGAGAAGGAGAAUCUUUGUCUAUAUGGACAUCCAAAUGAAACAUGGGAAGUAACAUUGCCAGCAGAAGAAGUCCCUCCAGAACUUCCAGAACCAGCUUUAGGGAUUAAUUUUGCAAGAGAUGGAAUGCAAAGAAGAGAUUGGCUUUCAUUGGUGGCUGUUCAUACCGAUUCUUGGUUGUUGGCAGUAGCUUUCUACUUUGGUGCUCGUUUGAAUAGGAAUGAAAGGAAGCGUCUGUUCAGCUUGAUAAAUGACCUGCCGACUGUGUUUGAAGUCGUAACGGAGCGUAAACAUGUGAAAGACAAGCCGAAUGUCGACAACGGGAACAAAUCAAGAUCCAGCACAAAGAGGUCGAAUGAUGGACAAGUGAAAAGCACACCGAGGGCAUACGACGAAAGCUACGCAGAAGAUGAAGACGAACACGGUGAAACUCUGUGUGGAAGCUGCGGGGGAAACUACAGUGGGGAUGAGUUUUGGAUCGGGUGUGACAUAUGUGAAAGGUGGUAUCAUGGCAAAUGUGUCAAAAUUACCCCUGCAAAAGCUGAAAGCAUUAAGCAGUAUAAAUGCCCUUCUUGCAGCACUAAAAAGGGUCGCCCCUAAACACCAAUCUAUCCACAUGUCGCGUAUCUAUUGGCUAGUAGGCUUCUUCCUCUCUCUCUCUCUCUCUCUCUCUCUCUCUCUUGUCUUUUAUCCUUCCUAUAACAUUUUAUAUAGGUGGUUUGAUGGUUAUUAAAGAGACUUUGAUGACUUGUUUUUAGGAUUUAUGGCUUCUUUCCGAGGAUUGUAAGUUUAUCAGGUUGUUAGUGAUACCUGUUUGUUAUUUUA